GGUUACCGAAAUUUUGUCCACUAUUCAGAAGUGUCCGCAAUUCAGAGGGUUCAGUUAGUGUAGACAUUUUGUAGUGUGUUUCCAAAAAAACAUCCGAUGUUUUGACGUGUCCGUUAAGGUAGGUUUCACUGUAUAAUAUAUGAGGAAGUACUUACAGAAAACAUAAUAAUAUUAUAAUACAUAUUAAUAUAUAGUGUAUACUAGCUACUGUAUACGUAAUGAAGGCGUGAAAGUUUCGCGUGUAUAGCAACGCCGACUCGUUUUUCCAAACACGAAAAUAUUUUACUAUCGUCGUUCGCGUACUGCAAUUUUUUAGUAUGCUCGGUGAAAAAUUUUUAAAAAUUAAAAAUUGAAAAUAAUUUUGGCGGUGAACGGAUACCAUUGAAACCGCCCCGGAAGUUCCAUGAACGGUCACCAGCAGUACCAGCACCAGCAGCAGCAGCACCACCACCAGCGGCAGCGGCUACUGGAGCAGCACCGGCGACUCCUGGAGCAGCGACAGCGACGUCUCCCACAACAGUGCUGCCGACUUCCACCAGCCCCCACCCCCGAAGGAGUAUCGCCCAAUCCUGUGAUUCUUCCUACACAGCGGUCGCCGCCGCCGAAAUACCGACCACGAAUCGUGCAUCUCGCCAAUGAGGACGCGCUCUCGGCGGCGUUGACCGCCGACGGUUACCGGUUGGGCUCGACCGUCGGCCACGGGUCGUACAGCAAAGUCCGGAUAGCGUUCUGGGCGGCGCCGGCGCCGGCGUCGUCGUCGUCGGCCACGGCUCGGGUGGCGUGCAAGGUGAUCAACAAACGGCGCGACCCCGGCACUUCGUCGUACGUGCGAAAGUUCUUGCCCAGAGAACUGGAAGUGCUGCGCACGGUCCGGCACCCGAACGUGGUCAGAACGCACCGGAUAUACGUGACGCCGUACACCGUGCACGUGUUCAUGGACUACUGCGAGAUUGGCGACCUGCUCAGCCACAUGCAGCACGUCAAGACCAUACCGCAGUGGCAAGCGCACACGUUCUUCAGGCAGUUAUGCGAAGCCGUGGAUUAUCUGCACCGAAAAAACAUCACGCACCGGGACAUAAAAUGCGAAAACGUACUAUUGGAAAGCAUGCGGACUGUCAAGUUGACAGAUUUCGGGUUCGCCAGAUUGUGUGCGGAUGAGCGUGGCCAAAGACUAAUGAGCCAGACGUACUGCGGCAGUUCGUCAUAUGCUGCACCAGAAGUGCUACAAGGCAUACCGUAUGACCCUACUUCCUACGACAUGUGGGCACUGGGAGUUGUGCUAUACGUGAUGCUAUCCGACGCUAUGCCAUUUCCACACUCUAACCGACAGCAGAUCGUGGCCAAUCAGAUAGCUAAAAAGUUCUCCAAACCCAAGAAACCAGUGUCCCGAGAAGCGUUGAAACUUAUCUCGUAAAUAUCGUGUAUUUUUGAUAUAAUUAUUAUAAUUUUUCCAUUGUACAAUACAGUUAUAUAGGUACACUUGACACCAUGGCAGUAGUAGUGUAUUUAAAGGAGGGCUCAGGGGGGAAAUUCCCAAGACGCCAAAUUCCAAGUUCUAUAAAGGGGCGCCAAAUGUAUUCAAACAUUUAACUUCAAACGCCCAUAAAAAAUUAUUGUGUAUUUACGCUAAACUUUUUUUUUAAUUUCUACUAACAACAACUUAGUGGAACCUAGUAUUAAUUUUUCAAGUUUUUUUACUGAGAAAACAAUUUUCAGUCGACAGUAAGUAAAAAUUUAUCAUAACGACAAGAAGUUUUUAUACUUAAGCCUUUUGGUUAUUUGAAAUCCUUCACGCAGGGCCUGAGGUUGGAUUGAGUAUUUAUUAAUUAAACCACUAGACACUAGUAACUAUUUAGAGCAUAUUAUAGGACCUUUAAGCGCUUAAGUGCUGACAUAUUAUGUGCUUUUUAGGGCUUUAUUCAAAGCUCCUCGGCCGUACACAC